AUGCCGCCACCAAACAACAGAACGGAGAUCCUGGCGAAUCUUCGCAAGACUAUCGACCAUGGUCAACUGAUUGUGGGGGCAGGCGCCGGCAUCGGCCUCAGCGCAAAGUUCAUCGAGCAAGGUGGUGGAGAUCUGAUCAUAAUAUACAAUAGCGGAAGGUAUCGUAUGGCAGGAAGAGGUUCACUGGCUGGCCUCAUGCCUUACGGUAACGCAAACGACGCUGGGGAAGUUCUUCCUAUCGUCCAUAGAACACCGGUACUAGCGGGAGUCUGCGCUACAGAUCCCUUUCGGUCUAUGGACAAAUUCCUGGUUCAACUGAAGGAUCUCGGCUUUGCCGGAGUUCAGAAUUUCCCCACUGUUGGACUCAUCGAUGGCAAUUUUCGGCAAAACCUUGAGGAGACGGGCAUGAGCUACGACGCGGAAGUCGAGAUCAUACGAAAAGCUCGAGAGAUGGACCUCCUGACCACACCAUACGUGUUUAAUGUCGAAGAGGCGAAAAAGAUGGCCAACGCAGGCGCCGACAUACUAGUUGCGCACAUGGGUCUCACGACGUCUGGAAGCAUCGGUGCACAAAGCGGAAAGAGCUUAGAUGACUGUGUCAAGCUUAUCCAGGAUAUUAAAGAUGCGGCAACGAAGAUCAAGCCUGACAUCAUUAUGCUCUGUCAUGGAGGUCCUAUUGCCACACCACAGGACGCAGAGUAUGUUAUCGGCAGGACAGACGGUGUGCACGGCUUCUAUGGCGCGAGUUCUAUGGAACGACUGCCAGUAGAGGAGGCGAUCACAAACAUCACCAAGACGUUCAAGAGUAUAAAACCCAGGGCUAAAACAUGA